AUGAGUCGCAACUUCUUCCCUGUUGUCAUGGCCAUUGGCGUGGGGGUUUUCACAGGCUAUUACACCUUCCAGCCCACUUUCCAGCAGAUGUCUGUGGAAAAGGCCCAAGUGCCUCCUCAAUCACAGCUUGCAAAAGGUUCCUCUCCCAAUGAAGAUAGUGCACCUGCUGGCUCUACUGCCGGGAACCCCAAGCACGCCGCCGAGUCCAGCAAGUGA